AUCAAUAGGUAGCGACGUGACUCAUCUUUAGUAGUUAUGAGUCAUUGGAGUAUGAAAAAAAUGUUUAUAAAAAAGAAAGACUGGUUGUUUUUUAAAUUUUAUUAGUUUUAAAUAAUAAUAUUUAGUUAAUUUUUAAUUAUAAACAAUUAUGUGAUAUUAAUUUUUUAAACAGUAAUCCUGGCAUUUACGUUAACAUUUGCGAAAAUAAUUGUUUUUGAAAAUCAAACAAAUUAAGUACUGUUUUAAAUAUGAUGCAAUUUCACUCUAAUGAUUUAACUAAUAAUGGUUUUACUAAUUGUAUUGCUAGAGCUAUGUAUGAUAAUAUUGCUGAAGCACCAGAUGAAUUAGCGUUCAAGAAGGAUGACAUACUUACUGUGUUAGAACAGAAUACUGCUGGUUUGGAAGGAUGGUGGUUAUGUUCUUUAAGAGGACGCCAGGGAAUUUGUCCAGGAAAUAGAUUGAGAUUAAUUCCUGGAAUGUAUGAAGUAGAUCAACUAAUGCCAAAUAGCAAUCGUGAACAAAAUCAAUUGAACUAUGAAAAUAAGUCCCAAAGUUUUCAUAUAACUAAAAAAAAAUUAGGAGAUCUAUUCAUGUAUGACAUCCCGCAUAAGUCAGUUGAAUCUUGUGGAUAUAAUAUACCACCAAUAAAUCAUAGUCGAUUAGCUAGUGAAAACAUUGAUUGGCCUAAUAGUAAUGGUUAUAAUAGUAGCUGUUGUAGUGAUAACUAUGAUCCUAUUCCAAGUCAACACCAGAUAGUAUCAAAAGAAAAUUAUGAUGUGCCUAAAUCUAUAAAUAUUCAAUUAACUCCUAGCAGUUCUAUAAGUUCAUUGUCAACAGGUGGAGUUUGUAGUAGUGUAAGUGAAGGGGAAUCCAAUCGAUCUAGUGUUGUUCCUGAAUAUGAUAUACCCAAAAGUCGAAAAACUGAAUUAUUACCUUCAGAUUUCCAACAACUAUUAAUAAAUAAUGAAGAUUACGAUGUUCCUUCAAAUAAUUUUCAGUCAAAAGAGCUGUCACUUAAUUUGAACUCUGCUUUAGACUAUUUAGAUAAAUUAACUAUUGAUAUUUGUUCAACCACUUCUAGGUUAUUAGGAUUUGCUAGUCCUAAUUGGAGAACUCAAAAAAAUUUAGAGAUAAAUAUACCAGCUAUAAAAUUAACUUCAAUAAAUCUCAAAAAUGGAUUACAUAAAUUAGUUGAAUUUUCUGAAGGUUGUCUUGGAAAUUCUUUAAAUGCUCCUGACAAAGGAAUAUCUGUAAAACUCCAUCCUUUGAUUAUAAAUUUAAUAAAAAUUUGCAAAAUAAUAAACUGUUCUAUAAAUUCAUUAGAUUAUUUAGGAUGGAUUCCUAAUGUUUUGAGUAGAGAUUCACAAGUGGAUAAUAACUAUUCUGAAGAUGCCUUAGACAAAUUAAUUUCAUGUGCUAAACUUUUAACUGAUGAUAUCAGACAAAUAACUUCAUUUAUAAAAGGCAAUUCAACUUUACUUUUCAGAAAAGGGUUGAUUUUUUCUCAAGAAAAUGAUAGGCAUUAUGAAUGUAUUAGAAAUGAAUUAAUUACUGAUAAAAUUGAAACAAAUGAGAAAAAUGUUUCUAUGUACUCUGUUGAAGACAAAGAAAAAUAUAAAUUAUAUGCUCAACAUAUUAUCAACCAAACAAAUCUUUUAGCUCACUAUAUUAAUAUAUUUCUUCAAACAGUUGAGCAUAAUCGCCCACCGCCAAUUUUUGUAGAACAAGUCAAAUUUGUUGUAUUAAUUGCUCAUCAGUUAGUUAUAGUUGGUGAUACUAUCUGUCAGGUUGUUCAACAGUCGAUUCGUAAAAAUCAUAUUAUCCAGUGUUGUAAUGCUUUAUAUGAAUCUAUAUCAACAAUUGUACAAAAGUCAAAAAAAGCAGCUCAGUUGUUUCCCAGUGUUAAUGCUGUACAAGAAAUGGUUGAUUCUGUUGUAGAAAUUUCCCAUAUUUCUAAUGACUUAAAAUCUACAAUAUUAAAAUCGACUACUGCAUAAUAUUUAUUAUUAUUAUUUGCUAAAAUGAAAUAAUAAUUAUAAAAAAAUCUUUAACCUUGAGUAUAAUUAUAAUAAAAUGUUAAUGAUAGCUAUAAUUAACCAAACUUAAAAAAAAAAAACUUUACUAUUACUAUAAUUUUUUUACUUGUGAUUUUUUAAUUUU